AUGAAGCGUCUAGUCACAAAGACACCAGGCUUAGAUAUCAAAGCAAAUUAUCUAGUCACAAAGACACCAGGCUUAGAUAUCAAAGCAAAUUAUCUAGUCACAAAGACACCAGGCUUAGAUCCCACAGUGUAUCGUCUAGUCACAAAGACACCAGGCUUAGAUAUCACAGCGUACCGUCUAGUCACAAAGACACCAGGCUUAGAUAUCACAGUGUACCGUCUAAGUGAACAGAUUCAACAGAGUCAACAGAUUGCACAGAAAUUACCCUCAAAUUUAACAGAAAAUGAAGUUGAAGAAUAUCGACAGACAUUUAAACUUUUCGAUACGAAUGACGACGGUUCCGUCUCGGCCAAAGAGCUUAAAGUUGUGAUGCAGAGACUAGAAGCAAACCCGACCGACGCGGAAAUCGAAGAAAUGAUUCGUGAGGUUGAUAAAGACGAGAAUGGCGUAAUCGAAUUUGAGGAAUUUUGUGCGAUGAUGGAAAAAAAUAAGGAUAAAAAUAAGGAUGGCGAGUUACUCGAUGCCUUUAAAGUAUUCGACAAGGACGGAAGUGGAGCGAUCGAUAAAGAGCAACUGAGAAUAACUUUGACACAAAUCGGGGAGAAAAUGACAGACGAAGAAGUGGACGAAAUGUUUGAAGCAGCAGAUGCAAAUAAGGAUGGAAAGAUUGACUUCCAAGAAUUCGUCAACAUGAUGUCUUAAUGAUGGUUUAUAUCAAAACUAUUUCCGAGUGAUGGCACCAUGGACAGAAAUUACAAUACACAUUUCUAGAAUUCCCAUCAUGGACUUAUCAAAUCAUAUCAUGUAUUAGUAAAUAUGAAAUUUAUAACAUGAAUAUCCUUUUUCGUCGCGAAACAACUAUAUUUGAAAAUUACACGAUUAUAUUGGAUAGAAAAGGGUCGU